AUGCACGGGCAAAGCAAUCAGGUUCAGGAAAAGGGCGUUUUCCAAUCUCUGGUGGUUCGAAGUGCGCUUGUGUUUGGCCUAAUAUCAGCAUUGCUAGCUGUUCCGCUAUGGAAACCGUUAAUUACUGAACGACUUGGGUUGUUUGGGUCGCCCGGACUCGACAAGUAUUCCCCAAACAACGAUAUGGGGAUAUGCCAACAAGGACCAAAACUUUCGCCAAAGAACGAAAACGUGGAACACUUUAUUCGAGAAAAGGUUGAAUCGCCGGAAUAUCAUAAAGAUAUCAUCCGCAAGCUUACAGGGAUCAUUCAGAUCCCCUCUGAAAGCUAUGACGACCUGGGCUUGAUUGGCGAAGACAAACGCUGGGAUGUAUUCUACAAAAUCGAGAGUUAUAUCAAAGCCAACUAUCCCAACGUAUUUAAGCAUGUUCAGCUAGAUCAUGCCAAUACUCACGGGUUGAUCUUGACUUGGGAAGGCAGCGUUCCAGCGUCGGAAGCUAAGCCGAUUCUUAUGCUUGCUCAUCAGGAUGUGGUGCCUGUGCUUGCGGAAACAGUGAAGGAUUGGACACAUCCACCUUACGAAGGAUAUUACGAUGGCGAAAUUAUAUGGGGUCGAGGGUCCACCGAUGACAAGGGGUAUCUGAUUUCCAUUAUCGAAAGCGUGGACUUGUUGAUCAAGAGCGGAUUCAAGCCGAAACGAACUGUGAUCCUGGCGUUUGGAUGCGAUGAGGAAAUCAGUGGUGAAAAUUGCGGACGACCCAUUUCGCACUUGUUGCACGAGCGAUAUGGCGACGAUGGCAUCUAUAUGAUUAUGGACGAAGGGUCAACUGGCGUGCAGAAGGAAUUUGAUCGAUCGUUCGCCAUGGUAAGCAUGGCAGAAAAGGGGUACUUGGAUGUGGCCAUAAAUGUCACAUCCACUGGAGGACAUUCUUCAAACCCACCGGACCACAAUGUCAUUGGUAUCAUGUCAGAGAUCGUCACGGCAAUCGAGAAUAACCCCUUCUCAGGCAAAGUUACUACCGAGAACCCAGUGUUUGGCUUUUUGGAAUGCGCAGCUAUACAUGCUCCCGAAGCCAGCUUCCCAAUGGAGAUUCGAAAUAAACUUAGCAAAGUGGCACAAGGCGACUCCAGAGCUCAAAAUCAGUUAGCCCAGGUGUUGGACAAUAUGCGAUAUUAUUUCAGGACAAGUCAGUCGGUUGGGACAAUUAACGGCGGUGUCAAAAUCAAUGCGAUCCCUGAGCUCGUGUCAACAAUGGUCAAUCUACGUCUUGCUGUUGAGACUUCAAUUGCCGAAAUUGAAAAACAUUACGAAAGCCUGAUCAGACCAAUUGCACGCAAACAUGGAAUGGUCUUCGAAGGCUUUCAUUCGACCCGAGAGUCUCCAGAUCCCCGGAAAAUUAGCUUGAGAGGCAUUGAUGCGUUGGAACCAGCACCCGUUUCUCCCGUGGAGUCUGAAGCUUUCCGUAUCCUCUCAGGUACUAUCAGAAACACUCUUAAGCCGCUGGAUAAAGACGAAGGCUACGAUGACCUUGUCGUUACCCCUUAUUUGAUGGCAGCGAACACAGAUACCAAGUUUUUUUGGUCCUUGACGAAGAACAUUUAUAGAUUCACACCCAUUAACUUGGUUCACAACCUCAACCGAGCGCAUACCACCGAUGAGUUUAUCCGUGCGGCUGAAUUUGUGCGAGAGCCGCUGUUUUUCGCUACUCUGAUCUUGAAUGCGGAUGAUGUGGUGGAACACUGA